AUGCAAGACGACAAGACGCUGCAGCAGCACGAGCAAGCUAUCCGACAGCGACCGCAGGAGGCAACGUCGGUUGCCUCAGCCGCCGCGCAGCCCCCGGAAAUCCCGGUUCAAGCUGACGUGGACUGGCAGGAGACGGCGGGGCGGCAGGUGUACGCGAGCGUGGAGGGCGGGAUCGACGAGGAGGAGACGGCGGGAUGGCAGGUGGCUCUCGGGGCGGAAGAGGUAGAGGCGCUGCGGGCGGGGGUGGGGAAGAGUGUGGCGGAAGGGCGGAAGAGGAUGGGGGGAAGGGGAGAGGCUUCGGAGGGAGAGGAAGGGCGGAAAGGAGGAGUGGGGUUGGGGGGAGAGGGGGAGGAGGGCGAGGGGAAGCCGUUGGGGAUCGAGGGGGAGGCAGCAGUGCUGGUGGGUGGUGAAGGUGGGGGAGAGGCAGGGGGAGAGUCCACGGGGGGAGAGGUGGAGGAGAAACGAGGAGUGGGGUUCGGGGGCGAGGGGGUGGAGGGCGAGGGGAAGCCGUUGGCGAUCGAAGGGGAGGCAGCAGUGCUGGUGGGUGGGGAAGGAGGGGCAGGGGGAGGGGGGGAGCGAUGGGACGUGCCGCUAGUGCCUGACAUGCCUGGGGUGCUGUCCUUGGGUGAUGCGAUGGGAGGAGCCAAGCACAUGGCCUUCUCCACUUGGAGCGCUGCUGCUGCUCACACCGCUGCUGCUGACACGGUAUCCCAUCGCACCCCACUGCAGCUGCAGGCCGCCGUGACAUCUGCUGCUCACACCGCCGCUGACACCGCUUCUGCCGGCACAGCAGCGGUUGGAAGGGCUGCAGCGGGCAUGGUGGGUGUGGACACCAACGCGCCGCCCAUCGGCAUUCCCCUGGGCUCCUCCUCUCUGCCCACAGCGGGCAUGGUGGGCUCCUCCUCUCUGCCCACAGCCACCGAUGAGGCACAGAUGGGCGCCGCUGCUCUGGUCGCUGGGGAGACGGCACCCGAGAGGAGGGAGCAGCCUGGCAGGACGGAGCAGCCCAGCUCCCAAUGA